ACAGCUGCGACUGGCCCCAGAACCAUUCAGCUAAUCAACCAGUGCACAAUCGAAUUUGCGAAAAAAAAAAGAAAAAUAUACAGUAGAAAUCUAAUAAAAUAUUAUAUGAUAUAUUUAUAGCUACGUUCGGUAUGAGUAGCCAGUGUAAAGUGUCCAAGGGGCCAAGGAUUGGAGUGCGGCAUCUGCAAUCUUUUCUCCUCUUUUUGGGCCUCACAGUCAUGCACAUCGCUCGCCUCAAUGUUAGUGUCGCCAUUGUGGCCAUGACAAAUGCUGAAUCCACCAAUCCCAAUUUUCCGGAAUACAGUUGGACGGAGCGACAUAAAUCGUAUAUAUUGUCCAGUUUCUAUUGGGGCUACAUAAUCACCCUAUUUCCGGGCAGCUUUCUGUGCCGUCGUUAUGGCGCCAAAGUGGUGCUCUUCAUUGCCAGCUGUGGCACAGCUGUGUUCAGCCUCAUAACUCCGUGGUGCAUCACUUGGGGCGGUUGGCAGGUGUUCUGUGCCAUCCGCAUACUUCAGGGCCUGUUCCAGGGCGUCAUCUUUCCCUGCGUGACCGAGCAUCUGGCCGUGUGGUCGCCGCCAGAGGAACGUAAUCGAUUGGGCGCCUUUAGCUAUACGGGCACAGAUUGUGGCACUGUGUUGGCCAUGUUCAUCAGUGGCAUGAUUGCCAAGGGAGCAAUGGGCUGGCCGGGAAUCUCCUAUGUAUCGGGUGCACUCUGUGCUGCCUGGUGCAUUCUCUGGCUUGUCUGUGGUGCCAACAAUGCGCCCGAGUCACGUUUCAUCAGCGAGGCGGAGUGCAAAUACAUUGAAUCCUCACUGCAGCACAAUGAGAACUUCCAUGAGAGAAGCAUACCCAUUCCCUGGCGUGCCAUCUGCUGCUCCGUUCCAUUUAUGGCUCUUCUUGUGGCCAGAUGCGCCGAGACCUAUGGCCUCAGCACGUUGCAGGCGGAGAUUCCCUCGUAUAUGAAUGGUGUACUCAAUAUGGAUAUACAGAGCAAUGCGGUCUUCUCAUCUCUACCGUUUUUGGCCAUGUGGCUGCUCUCUUACGUCUAUUUGAUUGUCGCCGAUAUUCUGCUCAAGAGAAAGUGGCUGACGCUGACGUCGGUGAGAAAGCUCUUCAAUACGCUUUCCUUUUGGAUACCCGCCGCAGCACUUAUUGUGAUUGGCUUCCUUGACGAGGAUCAUGCAAAUGUGGCCAUUGCUCUAAUGAUCGUCAGUGUGGGAGUCAACAGUGGCGCCACCAUUGGCAGUUCCCUUAACUCCAUAGAUCUGUCGCCAAAUCACGCCGGUAUUCUCAUUGGCCUCAGCAACACGGUGGCCAAUGUGAUACCCAUACUAACUCCCCUCAUUGCCGGCAUCAUUGUUGUUGACAAGCACGAACGGGGACAAUGGCAAAUUGUAUUUGGCAUUGCGGCUGUCAUCUUUUUUGUGGGCAACUGUGUGUUUCUCAUCUGGGGCACCGCACAGGCGCAGCCUUGGGAUGCGGAUGAUUUCCUUACGGCCAAGGAUGCGGAAUCCUGUGGUACGAAGCGAGCACCGGCAGCGGCAAUUGCUCCUCCCAUCGAUCCAGUAUUGGAGCAGCAAAUUAGCUGGCCGGAAAGGUAUACGGCAAAAGCCAUCGAUUGAUGGCGGAUACGUGGAGCAAUUAUUUUGAUUAAUCGGUAUUAAGAAAUAAGCAGGCUGUAAUUUAUUUUAUUUAUAAGACCAUAAAUGUGAACUCUUAGGUAAAUAAUAUUAAUAGAUUUCAAUCA